AUGAGCACUCCAUUUGGACAGGUAAAAGGGAAAAUGAUGCUGCCCAGGUUGUUGGUAUUUUGGCUCCUUCUUGAUUUGUCUCAUGCCUUUUCCACAAGAAACCUUUCUUUGAGAUGCCUUCAAGACACGGAUGAGUUCCUUUCUGAUCUGAAUUCAGUGGUUCCUAAGAUCUAUGCAAUAAGAAUGUAUGAUGCUACUGGGAAGCUGGGCAGCAACAUUCUGAAUGGGAACAUGGACAGAUUGGGAUCUUACAGCGAAUGCCUCUCUGCCAGAUCUCCCAGGGAGCAUUUCCAAGGGCGCUAUUGCAAGCUUCAGAUACAGCAGGAUGGAAUUAGCUACAGUAUUGGCUUGUGUGUUCCUGAUUCUUGUACUGAAGAUGAUAUAGCUCUGAUGACACGAUUAGAUCUUUUAAAAUUCAGGAAUAUCUCGUUUAUAGCUCCUCCUCUAGACUUCUUUUUAAAUUCAACCUCCUCAACUAAGGGUACAGCCAGAUGUGUACCCAGAUUUCCCCCAUUUGAUGCAUUUACUGGUCGGUGUCUGGGCAUCAGCUUGCUGUUUGUUGCCUUGCCAGUGGCUGGUACUCUCUAUGUGGCAGCCGUGGGCUGGGAAGGAAAUCGUGGUGAACCGCCAUCUGCUGAUUUACCUCUGGCCUCUUAUGGGAGUCUGUCUUUGGGUGAGAGAGAAGGAAACGAGUCAAGAAGUCUUGGAUGGAUGGUUUCUCAGAGCAGCUCAUCACUCUUCGGAACUAGUGAUAGAAUCUGCCGUAGGAGAAAAAUGUACUUAGGAAUCUUGGACCAAACUCUGAAGUGUUUUUCCUGGCAGAAAAAUAUGCGUGCUGUCUGGAUCCAGAAGCUCCCCAAAGAGCCCUGCUCCACAUUAAAUGGCAUCCGAGUCUUGAGUCUCUUAUGGGUCAUUUGUGGACACACCAGUCAGAUGACCUCCUGGCAGACUCUGGACAAUGUGCUUGAAUGGAAAACCAGAAUGCUUAAAAAUCCCCUGUACCUUUUUUCUCUAAGUGGUCCAUUCUUCUACCUUGGAGUUGACACAUUUUUCUUGAUCAGUGGCUGCUUAAGUGUAAGGUCAUUUUUAAAGCUGUAUUGGAAUUCUGAAGAAGGAAUAACCCCCAAAGUCAUCUUGAGAUACCUUUUCAAUUGACUUGCAAGGCUGCAGCCUCUCCACUUGUAUUCCAUAUGCUUGUUAGCUGGGUUGUAUUCCCUUGUUCCUUGGGGAUCUGUUUGGGAGGUUCCCAUGUACCAUCUGGAUAACUGCAGGAGGACAUGGUAGACGAAUUUGCUCCUUCUGAACAACUUUAUCUCCGUGCAGAAUCCUUGCAAUGGCUGGACAUGAUAUCUUGCUGAUGAUUUCCAGUUCCAUCUUACUACACCUCUUGUAAUCUUCAUCCAUAGAAAAGGUAAGUAUGCCCUGAUGUUCCUUGGAGCCAUACUCUUCCUGACAUCCUUCACCAUCACUGCUCAGCUUUCCCUGGCUUUGAAGCAUCCUGUGGCAUCCCCAUCCAAAGUGAGAGCACAUGAAGCCAUCUUGUAUUUCCUGGAGUACUACACCAAGCCCUACUGCCGAUAUGGACCUUUCCUUGUGGGCAUGUUACUUGGUAUUUUCAUGCACCACAAUAACCAGCCCAACAUUCUCAAGAGCAAGGCACAGGCUCUUGCUGGGUGGCUUUGCUGCUUAUUCACCCUCUUCACAGUAGUCUCUUUGGCAUAUAUGGUAGAUGACUCCUUUGACACUUAUUCAGUGGCAGCUGCUAUUUAUCAGGCACUUCACCGAACUCUGUGGGCUGUUGCUGUGGGCUGGAUCAUUUUUGCAUGUCAAGAAGGCUAUGGAAGUCUGGUGAAUCAAGUGCUUUCUUGUGACAUUUGGAAUUUACUUGCCAACAUUAGUUACGCCUGCUACUUGGUACAUCCGAUGCUGAUCAUACUCUACAAUGGCCUUCAGGAAACUCUUAUUCACUACACUGACACCAACAUGUUCUACCUUUUCUUUGGACACUGCUUCUUGACAUUUGCCACUGGAAUGGUCUUGACUGCAUUCACUGAGAAACCUUUUCAAGAAAUGAAGCAAUAUCUUCUUGGGGCAGCAUCCACUGGUCAUCAGAAUAGAUAA